AUAUGCAGGAUGUCGGAGUUCAGAAUAGGAGGGCUUUUCUUCACCUCCAAGUUUGACUCUGGCAAUCUUUCUCGGGUAGAGAAGGUGUACAGGGAUGAUGAAGAAGAAGGCGGUGGUGGGUUUUAUAGUGAGCCCAAACCGGACUAUGAAUACAAUGUAUGGACCAAGCCAGAUUGUGCAGAAACUGAGUUUGAAAAUGGCAACAGGUCUUGGUUUUACUUCGGGAUCAGAGGUUGGAAUCCUAACAGGCUAAUCAAGAUCAACAUCAUGAAUUUGAACCGACAGGGCAAGUUGUACAGCCAAGGCCAUGCCCCAUUCACAAGGACUCUCCCUGGGAAACCUCGCUGGGACCGGAUCAGGGACAAGCCUACAUAUGAAACAAUAGACGGUCAGUUUAUCCUGACCUUUACAUACCGAUUCCCUGACCUCAAGGGAGCUAUGACCUACUUUGCCUUCUGUUUCCCUUGGUCUUAUACCGAGACCCAAGAACAAUUGAAUCAACUAGAUGUGAAAUUUGCCGAUGCCAAAAAUCUUACCUCAAAAAGUAACCCAGACAGCAUUUAUUACCAUAGAGAACUUCUGUGUAAGUCCUUAGACAAUCUACGCAUUGAGUUAGUCACCAUAUCAUCUUGCCAUGGUAUUGUUGAUGAAGAAGAGCCUCGUUUUGACAGUAAUCUCUUCCCAGAAAAAGACGUACCAAGACCAAAGAAAUUCAGAGGGAAGCGGGUGUACCUGUUGAGUAGUAGAGUCCAUCCUGGUGAAACACCUGCUAGUUAUGUCUUUAAUGGUUUCCUUGAUUUGAUCUUAAGAGAAAAUGAUCCACGUGCCAAAGCUCUUCGGAAGCAAUUUGUUUUUAAAAUGAUUCCAUUGUUGAAUCCUGAUGGAGUUCAGAGGGGACAUUACAGGACAGAUCAACGAGGUGUGAACCUGAAUAGGUUAUACCUUGACCCCGAUAUCAAUCUCCACCCAUCAAUUUAUGCAUCAAAAAGUAUUCUAGUGUAUCAUCACAUUAAAAACCGUGUUGUAAAAGAAGGUGAUAAAAUAGAUAUAAAAGUUACCUUUCCAGGGUCUAAUGUUGUGUCUUCUAGUCCAGAUAUUCCUAAAUAUUUACCCCAGUCUGCCAAAAACUCUAAACUCCCUCCAAAACCGGAAGACAAUAAAGGGGAAAUGCAGGCAACUGCUGGUGCUAACUCAAUGGGAGAUCACAAUACUAACAACAAUCACAGUUUUAUGAAUGGAGGACAUGUAAGUGUGGAAAAUUCUCUUCAGACCAAAGAAAAUUCUUGGGUGACUGAAAAUCAUGACAGUGGCUUGUUGCCUCCUAAAAUGAAAGUAGAAAAGUUAAAUCUGGCUGGCCUAGAUGGGACUGAUACAUCACUGUAUGGAGACAACAAUAUGACUGUAGAAAAUUCCAUGGAUGAUCAAGGACGUUUGUCAUCUUCCUGUAGCAGUAUACUCAGUAAUGCCACAAUACAAGACCGGAGAACUGUUGACAGUGAGUUAAGGCUCCGACUCUCGGAGUUAAACAUGUCGGACGAUAACUGUCGGGGGAAGUUAUCACACAUGAGUAUGUUGACUAUGAGUGUAGGAUUAAAUGAUUCUGACAACGAAGAUCCCAAUACAGAACAUUUGGGUAAUGAAGGUUCAGAGGAUGAAGGGGAUUUUACACCGUCCAUGAUCACUCGUACAAACUCUCCUCAUCUAUCCUCUCCAUGUUUACGAGAAAUUCCUCCUCAGGAAAGUGGGAUUGCUUUUUAUGUUGACUUGCACGGACAUGCCUCCAAAAGAGGAUGCUUUAUCUACGGAAAUUAUUUUGAAAAUGAGGAUACUCAGGUGGAGAAUAUGCUAUUUCCAAAGCUGAUUUCCAUGAACACGGCCCAUUUUGAUUUCACAGGCUGUAACUUCAGUGAGCGUAAUAUGUACACAAAGGAUAAACGUGAUGGGAUGUCUAAGGAGGGCAGUGGACGAGUGGCCAUAUACAAAGCCCUAGGCAUUAUACACAGUUAUACAUUGGAGUGUAAUUACAACACUGGAAGGAUGGUGAACCCUGUUCCUCCAGCCUAUGGGGACGAUGGCCGGGCGACACCCCCUCCAAUGGCAGCAUUUCCUCCCAGAUACACACAAGCUCACUUUGAAGAGGUUGGUCGAGCAUUAUCUAUUGCUGCUCUGGAUUACACUGACACAAACCCCUGGUCUAGACUGACUUUGUCAGAGAUGAACAGCAUACAUGGAGUGCGGGAGAGUGUUAAACGGUACCUCAGAAGUAUGAGAGGAGGGCCAAGAAUUCCUAGAAAUCCUUCUAAAUCCUUUGUUAAAAACAGCAUUACAACUAACCAGAACAAUAACCGAUUAAAUCGUACCAACAACGAUCCAGGACCUGGAGGCCGCCAACUUCCUGCUCGCAUGAACUCUGUGGAAUCCACCGCUAGUAGUAGCAAUUCUGCCUCACGCUUCAGUCGUCGUGAUAUGCAGACCACACAGAACCAGAAGAGGGAGCUUGGACCAGUCAGGGAAACUACCAGGCCUACCAUUGCACCGCAACAAAGGCGACGUGGACCUAAUGCACCUAACUUUGGGUCGACGACCUCCCGGUCUUUGGGUCAGCCAAGCAGUUCAGGCAGUGGGUCAGCUCCAGUCACACUCACACUGACCAACAGUCAGAACAAUGAGGUGAAAGUGAUGCGACAACUGUCGGCUGAUGCGACAACUCGUAGUCCUGAUGAUGAGAAGUUACAGCCCUUACGUCAUGUGAACUUGUUAGCUAUAGCAAAGAAAUCGGGUCCACCUAGUCGGAUUCCGCUACCCACUGGAAAUCAGGGUGUUAAAAUGGAUGUUCAGACUCCACAGGAUUUACCACCCCCUAGGGUGCCAAGUGGACGCUGCGGUUCUCGCUAUGGUCAGAGAUCAAACAUGCAGGCAUACCCAUUGAAGAAAGCUAAUGCUGAACAGUUACCAUCAGAAACUCCACGUCAUUCCAUUGCAGAUGGACUCCUGGCUAGUCCAUCAUCUGUAGGACCAAACGCCACUGGUAACUUAUACAGUCUCAAUAACAUCCGUCAAAGUGCUGCCUCAAACAUGGUACACAGUGCACGUAGCAUGCACAGCCUUGGACCAUCUUCUUCCCUUGGAGGUCAGGUGUCCUCCCCCAGCAUCUCUGGGGCAAAUCACUCAGCAUCAGGACCUAAUCUUGGCCAGCCUGAUAUGGAUUUGUCUGGGCCCCUACCACAGCCCCCAUCCUCAGCAGCUGAGAAUCUUACAGUCACUGAACCUAACAAUGAAUCUCCAAAACGCCGUCGCCGAUACAUGUACUUGAAGAGGAGAAACCCAAGUCCUAAGAUGGGAAGUGCAGGGAACAAGGGACAGCACAGACAGCCGGGUAUGGCUGACACUUCCAGUAGUGAAGCUAGGUCUGGUAGGCGUAGACGCCGCAAAUCUAUGAGGAAGGUCAAUCAGUCGCCAUCAUCAGAUGAGACUGGAGGCCAAGUAAUGUUAGGCCUUGCAGCAGUGGACUUUGGUUUAAGUAGUGCUGCUGGUGGAAACGGCAACACACUGGACGCCGCCAACAUGAAAGUGUCACCAAGGAUCAUAUCCCUGACUAUGCAGACACAGCAGCAGUUUACUCGACAACACAGACAUUCCGAUCACCCUUAGGGACCUACCCGGCAAUGACAGAAGUCGCUUCAACUCCGCGAGAGCUACACCUAGUCCAAUGACAUAUGAUUACAAAAGGCUGACACAGUCCUCAAAGACACAAAGACAUCACCAGGCUCCGAGUAAACUCACUGUCUUCUGGAUAGACUGAUCAAGGGUGGUCUACCGCUGACUUUGUGUCCCUGAUUGACCGACCUUGUCUUUGACCAGAAGUCCAGGAAUGACCUGUUUCUUAGUUGAUUGUCCAUGAUUUCCUAUGUAUGAAAUAGAUAACUUGUUCAUCUUGAGCACCCCUUUGUAAACAGUUUUCUGGAGACUUGUCUGUAAUUAUGAAACAUCUUCUAGAAAACAACAAAAAAGUUUAUGAAUCACAUUGUGUUAAAAUGUAGAUAUAUAUAUAUAUCACUGAUAUUUCAAUAUGUGUAUAGCAAUGGCAGGUAGUUAAAAUGUUGGUAGUGGAAAACGAAAUUUGAAUUUGAAUAAUUGUAAAUUUCAUUCAUAUUACUUGUUGGCGGAGUAUAUAUGGAAAACAAAGAAUGACAUGUUAAAUGGCUGAGUAAUUUAUUCAUAGAAUAUUAAGUCAGCAUUGUUUUUACAGGCCUAAAGGGCAUUUAGUCUUUUUCCCAGAAAAAAGGUAGUGAUGGGCAUAUUAAUUGGAAUACAAUAGUAAUUUAUAGUUGCUUUUGGCUAGAAGUUUUAUACUUUUUAAAAGUUGAAAGUCUAAAUUUUUUACUUACUGAGACUGUAUUUUGCAGAUAUUUUAUAUGAAGGCUGACCUAGAUUAAUGGUUAGAAUGAUGAGUAUACAUUUGAAAUUAAAAUAUUUCUACAUAUUGUUUUAAUCCUCUAGCUAUGGGUAAAGCUAGUUCCUGAAUCUCGUAUUUUUAUUCAUGUGCAUGUUCAAAAAUACCACAUUUCAUGUCUUGAAAAAUACUGUGAUGUUAAUUUCCCAAGGAGUUAAAAGAUUUUUAUAUACUGUCUGUUUAAAUGUUAUAAACAUGGAGCUCUGACAAAGAAAGGACUUAAUCAGUAACCAACAGAAAGUUUGCAGUCAAUGUUUGUCUAAAGAUAGGUUUCCAAGCACAGGUACAAUACUUGCGGAUUUUUAAUUUCAUCAAUGUGUUUUUGGUUGUUUGUGUUGACCUCAUUAGUGCACAUAACCUGAAUAUCAUCAGAAUAUGUAAAUGACCUCUUCUUUUGAACUUUCCCUUGGCAACAACAAUUGGGAGAUUACAUUAAUUCUAAGGUUUGUCAAAUCAGGUAUGUGAUAUACAUAGAGUACACCAUGUCAAGUGAUUGGUAUAUAGAUAUUGGUUCAUCUGUAAGGACAGGACAAAUUUAACAAUCAAGUCAGUUUUCAAUGAUGGAAAUUUGAUGACUUUGUUACAUCACUCAUAACAAAUUGUCUAUUAGGCAGGACAUGUAUGCCCUUCAGUUAACCUUGAUUAUUUUUUAAACAUAUCGUAUGAUGCUUUCAUUCCCAAUUUGAGAAGUGGGUAAUAUUUCUUCCAAAUGUAAACAUGUCUUAGAACUGAAUAUAAAGUCCAAAAGAAUUUAACAUACUUACAGGUGAUUUUUAAUAUCAGUUUUUGUGUUCGAGCAAAAAGUCAUCACAAAAAUGGUACGACGUGAUGUAAUAGCUAGUUAGAAUUUUAUCAAUGCUAGAAAAAGACACAUUUCCUAACAUUUUCAUGGAUGUGUGCCAUGCAUGGGAACCCAUCUUUAGAGUGAACUGUGAAGUCUGGAUCUUUCACCUGAUAAAAGUUUAUUUUAAUGCUUCUUUACAUCAUGGUUUAAAGAUGGCAGUUCGUAUAUCAACUAAAUGUUGCUGAUAACACUACAGACUUAGAUAUAUCUAGACAGGGAUAACAUUAUUAAUAUAUCUAUAC